ACAAUUAAAAAAAAAAAGGGGGAGACAAAUCGAUAGAUCUCCAAAGACUCGAAAGGGAAAAUCCCCAAAAUCUCUUACUAAUGGCCUUUCACGUAGCUUGCCCAAUUACAUGUCGUCGGAUCUGCUUUUGUUCGCUAGGGUUUCCUCGGAGUCUCCAGUCUCCGGGCUCCGUGGAUGGCUUCUUGCAGGAAGCGAUUCGAGUGGAGGAGUUUUUGAAAGAUCCUUGGGGCGUUAGGGUUUCAAGAGAAGGGACCGUGCAGGUUCCGGUUCCUAAACUAGCGCCGGUUACGGCUGGGGAUGGAGGAGGUGCUGGUGCGGUCCAGGAGUCGGCCUCGGUGUUGGCUCAGACGAGGCGGCUCGCGCUUCAGAGAAAAGCUGAGGCUACGAUGGCGGUGGCUGAGGAUCAUGCAGGGAAGGUUGAGUUGUGUGAUGUUGCGGUUGCACCAAUAAAUUCUGGUCUAGAAGAGCAAGGUCGGUCAAACAAAAAUGUAAUGUGCCACAUGUGUUUUUUGGGUGAAAGCGAAGGAAAUGAGAGGGCUAGAAGGAUGCUAUCUUGCCAAAAUUGUGACAAGAAGUACCACAGGAGCUGCUUGAAAUCUUCGGUACAACAUAGAGAUUUGUUUCAUUGGAGUUCUUGGAUUUGCCAUAAUUGUCGAACCUGUGAGGUGUGCCGAAGUACGGGAGAUCCAACUAGGCUCAUGUUUUGCAAAAGGUGUGAUGGUGCAUACCAUUGCUAUUGUCAACAUCCACCGCACAAGAAUGUUCCGUCUGGGACUUAUUUGUGCCCAAAACAUACAAGGUGUCACAGCUGUGGAUCCAAUGUUCCUGGAAAUGGUUCCAGUGUGCGGUGGUUCUUGGGAUACACUUGUUGUGAUGCUUGUGGAAGGUUGUUUGUGAAGGGAAACUAUUGCCCUGUUUGUUUGAAGGUUUACAGAGACUCUGAAUCGACACCCAUGGUCUGCUGUGAUAUUUGCCAGCGCUGGGUGCACUGCGAGUGUGAUGGCAUCAGUGAUGAAAGAUAUCUUGAGUUUCAAGUAGACGGAAAUCUCCAGUAUAAAUGUGCAGCAUGUCGUGGAGAGUGUUACCAGGUUACAGAUCUUGAGGAUGCUGUCCAAGAGCUGUGGAAGAGGAAAGACAAUGCUGAUCGAGACCUUAUUUCUAGUUUGAGGGCUGCUGCAGGGCUGCCAACUCAAGAAGAAAUAUUUUCUAUCUCUCCAUUUUCAGACGAUGAGGAAAAUGGUCCGGUGAUGUUAAAAAAUGAAUUUGGACGUUCCCUGAAGUUCUCUGCCAGAGGAAUAGCUGAGAAGUCUCCGAAGAAGAAUAAGGAAAGCGGAAAGAAAUCUUCAAGAAAAAAAUAUCUUAAGAAAAAGACAAAUGAGGCAUCUUUGAUUAGCCAGGGAGAAUCACAACCGAGUUUUGUAAGGAAUCAGGAUAUUCCUGAAGCUGUGAUUCAAAAAGAUGAAGGACAGGAUAUUUCUUCUCCUGUUGCUGGAAUUUGUUCUACCAAUCAGCUAGGGAUUUUGAAAUAUAAGGUGGCAGAUGAGGUUAUGGUUAGUGAUGAAGAUAGAAAAUCUUGUGUAUUUAAAAUUAAAAGUAGCAAACCACAUGAUUUAGACCGUGGAGGUGAUAGUGGAAAACAUGAUAGCAAGUCAAAUACUGUGAAAGAAAAGAAGUUGGUCAUAAAUCUAGGUGCACGAAAAAUAAAUGUUACCAACUCUCCAAUUUCCGAUGUUUCAAGCUCUCAAAAAGAACAAGAUGUGAUUUUGCACAAUGGUGUUCAAGAUGCAAAUCAACAGAGAGUAGAUUACAAGUUUAUGCCGGAUAGGAGUGACAGCACUGCUAAAUCUGGUGAUGGAAUCAAAGUUUAUCGCUCCAAGUCUAGAGGGGUGAAAAUUGCUGGAACAGAAGGGAAUGUGAUAAAGUUUGGAAAAAUUAGGCCGGAAUUUCCUGAAUUUGGAUCCAAAGUUGGUGCAGCUAAAGGUUCUGAUGGAUAUGAAAUUGUUCCUAAAAAACCAGAACAUGUCACAUCUGGAGAUGGAAGCAUUGAUGUAAUUAGGCUUGAUGCUGUGCCUUCAGGUGAGGUGUCCAUUCUAGGAGGAGGGAAUGUGAAGUCAGGAAAGCGGUUGGAAGAAAGGGCUGAUGCAUAUGGUGAAAGAAAUGAAGAUUAUUGCCACACACCUUUCUUGAAUUCUUUGCCAAAAGAUCCCAAACCGUCUCUCAAAUUUAAAUUGAAGAAACCUAAUCUUGCUAAUCAGAAUUCUAAGGUUCAUUCUGAGGAAGACAAGAGUUCUAUAAAAGGCCAAAGGUCUAAAAGACAGAGACCAUCUUCCUUCAAGGAAAAAUCUUUGUUUAAUGUUGAUGAAGAUCUCGAUGUCACAGAAACACAUCAAAACAGCUUAAUGGAUGGUAUGAUGGAUGCUAGUUGGAUUUUAAAAAAGCUGGGUAAAGAUGCAAUUGGAAAGAAAGUAGAAAUUUAUCAGGCAUCUGACAAAUCAUGCAGGCAUAAGGGAGCUGUUAAUGACAUCAUUGAAGGCACAUCCGUCGUAUCUGUGAUGCUAGAUGAUGGUAGAGUAAAAAGCUUAGAACUUGGGAAGCAAGGCAUUCGUUUUGUUCUUCAGAAACAAAAGAAACAGAAAAUUCGAAACUGAAUGGCUAGCUUAAUUCUUUGUGAGUGGAUUUGUUGAAAUUUUUCAUUUUCUGGAUGAGGUAGUUGUCAGGCUGUCAAGUCGCAAGGUCCCAACUCCCAACUAUUUGAGUUCUUCUGUCGUUGUUUGUUCUCUUUCCCAGCUCUGCACUGAGGCUACUUUAUGUCUCAGGCAUGCCUUCCUUCUGUGGUUGCGGAUUGAAACAAACAACUAAGCAACCCAUUCAACCACAGUUGGGGGUGACAAGUCCAAUAGCAGCCAGAAUCGAACACAAGCAUCUGAAUCCAAGCCGUUUUGGAUGAUAAAUUAAUGGAAUCCUCUCCAUACCCCCUUUACAGCUUCCCGAGCUCCAGCUUCACUUAUGAAAUUUCUUGAAGGUUGCAUAAACAUAGCAGGUAGAAUUUCCAAAAGAUAGGAUCAAUCAAGCAUCUAUAGUGUUGCCCUCUACAACACAGACUUCCAAUACUGAUUUCAUCAGAACUGCAAGUAAGAUAUUUUUAUCGAGUCUUAGUAAAAUACUGAGAAAAUCUGAGUUCUGAGUGCAAUAUUUGAGAAACAAGCAGAAGGGUCUCCUAUAAUUGCCCAUCCAAGACUUCGUGGUUGCCAAUGCUGCUAAAGGAGCUGGACAGAACAGAAGAGGGUGCAACAAUGGCAGGAGGGUUUAGUGUUUGCAGCUGCUGUAGUUCGCUCGGUUGCAGGAGUUGUAGCAGGAGGGAGGUGACCAAACAUGGCACCAAGGCCAAUAAGUUGUAUGCUUCUGUUUGUCACCGUGCCAACUGCUAAGAUCUGGCACAAGUGAGGCUCUGCUGGUUGUUUGGUGGUGACCUACGCAUUAUUGCUGAACGAUGCAAUUUAUUAGUGCUUGUAAUUUCAUUAUCUUGGAGAAACUUAAAUCUUUUCGUUACUUCGUCCGAUGAUCGCAAUCCACUGAGCAGGGCAUUUCAAAGGCAU